UCGCAAGAGCCAUUCUGGGUGAAGGAGCGCUGAAGACAGAGAAAGCGAGCAGACUCCUCCUCAUCUCCGGUGUCAAACUUGACAUCAGCCUCUGAGCCCAGAAUGGUAACUCGUGUCGCAGCCGGAGCCCUCACACCAGUGGCAUGCUUUGUGGAGUUAUGCGCCUCGCACUGCCCUCUGAACCGCGGCCAUGGAUUGCAGACUCGGCGUGCUUUUUCUCGCAAUCUUCACAUGUAGUUGCGGAGGACAGCUUAGCAGUUAUCCAUCUAAUGAAGUUAACCUGCUAGAUUCAAAAGCGAGUCAAGGGGAACUUGGAUGGAUUUCCUACCCGUCUCAUGGGUGGGAAGAGAUCAGUGGGGUUGAUGAGCAUUACACGCCCAUCCACACCUUCCAGGUGUGCAACAUCAUGGAGUAUAACCAGAACAACUGGCUGAGGACAACAUGGAUCCCACGAAACUCAGCCCAGAAAAUCUAUGUGGAGCUCAAGUUCACCUUGAGGGACUGUAACAGCAUCCCCCUGGUCCUGGGCACCUGUAAGGAGACCUUCAACCUCUACUACCUGGAGAUAGAUGAGGAUCAGGGGGCCAAGUUCAGGGAGCACCAGUUUUCCAAAAUUGACACCAUCGCGGCUGACGAGAGCUUCACGCAAACGGACCUGGGCGACCGCAUCCUCAAGCUCAACACGGAGGUGCGGGAGGUGGGACCCAUCACCAGGAAGGGCUUCUACCUGGCCUUCCAGGACCUGGGGGCCUGUGUGGCCUUGGUGUCAGUGCGAGUAUACUUCAAAAAAUGCCCCACAAUGAUUAGGAACCUGGCUGUCUUCCCCGACACGGUACCCACAGACUCCCAGUCGCUGGUGGAGGUGCAAGGGUCCUGUGUGAAUAACUCCAAGGAGGAGGAGACUCCCAAGAUGUACUGCAGCACCGAGGGGGAGUGGCUGGUGCCGAUUGGGCAGUGCCUGUGCGAUAUCGGCUAUGAGGAGCGCACUUUCUCCUGCCAAGCUUGCAGGCCGGGGUUCUACAAGUCUUCCUCUGGCAACAUGAAGUGCUCCAAGUGUCCCCCCAACAGUCACACAUACCUGGAGGGGUCCAUCUACUGCAUGUGUGACAGGAACUACUUCCGCUCUGAAGACGACCCCGCCUCGAUGGCUUGUUCCCGGCCGCCCUCGGCUCCCCGGAAUGUCAUCUCCAUUAUCAAUGAGACCUCGGUUAUCCUGGACUGGAGCUGGCCCACGGACACCGGAGGGAGGAAGGACGUGACCUUCAACGUGGUCUGCAAACGGUGUGGGCGGGGCCAGCAGCAGUGCGAACCCUGCAGGGGGGCCGUCCGCUUCCUGCCACGCCCCACGGGCCUCAGUAACACCACGGUCACCGUGGCCGACCUGCUGGCCCAUACCAACUACACCUUUGAGAUUGAGGCCCUCAAUGGCGUUUCCGCGCUGGCGCCCACCCAGCGGCAAUACGCAGCAGUCACAAUAACAACAAACCAAGCUGCACCUUCUCCUGUCACAGUCGUCCGGAAGAACAAGACAUCUCAAAGGAGCAUUUCCCUGUCCUGGCUGGAGCCAGAGAGACCCAAUGGGAUCAUCCUUGACUAUGAAGUCAAGUACUAUGAGAAGCAGGAGCAAGAGACGAGCUACACCAUCCUGAGGGCCAAAGGCACCAACGUGACUCUGACGGGCCUGAAAGCGGACACCACGUACGCGGUGCAGAUACGGGCUCGCACCGCCGCCGGCUACGGCAGCAGCAGUAAGAAGUUCGAGUUCGAAACCACCCCGGAAUCCUUCUCCAUCACCAGUGAGAACAGCCAGCUGAUCCUCAUCGCCAUCUGCUCUGCUGUGGUCAUCAUCUUCCUGACGGUGGUUGGCUACAUCCUUGUUAGCCGGUUUUGUGGGCACAGAAGAUCAAAGCAUUCUGACGAGAAGAGGAUGAACUACGGAAACGGUCACUUGAGGCUUCCAGGCGUAAGAACCUAUGUGGACCCGCACACUUACGAGGACCCCAGUCAGGCCGUCCAUGAAUUUGCCAAAGAACUGGACGCCUCUUGCAUUGCCAUCGACAAGGUGGUUGGUGCAGGUGAAUUCGGUGAGGUGUGCUGCGGGCGCCUAAAGCUGCCCUCUAAGAAGGAGAUCUGCGUGGCCAUCAAGACGCUGAAGGCGGGCUACACGGAGGAGCAGAGGCGGGACUUCCUGAGCGAGGCCAGCAUCAUGGGCCAGUUUGACCACCCCAAUAUCAUCCGGCUGGAGGGAGUGGUCACUCGCACAGAAGCCAUGUGUCCAAAAGGAGUGGGAUCAUUUCCUAAACCAUUAACUUUUCUGAAAGGUAAACCAGUAGUGAUAGUGACCGAGUACAUGGAGAAUGGAUCACUGGACAGCUUCCUCCGGAAGCACGACGCCCAGUUCACAGUGAUCCAGCUGGUGGGCAUGCUGCGCGGCAUCGCCUCGGGCAUGAAGUACCUCUCCGACAUGGGCUACGUCCACCGGGACCUGGCCGCUCGCAACAUCCUGGUCAACAGCAACCUGGUGUGCAAGGUGUCCGACUUCGGGCUGUCGCGGGUGCUGGAGGACGACCCGGAGGCUGCCUACACCACCAGGGGUGGCAAAAUCCCAAUCCGGUGGACAGCGCCAGAAGCUAUCACGUAUCGGAAGUUCACGUCGGCUAGCGAUGUGUGGAGCUACGGCAUCGUACUGUGGGAAGUGAUGUCGUAUGGGGAGAGGCCCUACUGGGAGAUGUCCAAUCAGGACGUGAUCAAGGCAGUGGAAGAAGGUUUCCGCCUGCCGCCCCCCAUGGACUGCCCUGCGGCUCUCUACCAGCUCAUGCUAGACUCCUGGCAGAAGGACCGCAACAACCGGCCCAAGUUCACCGAGAUCGUCAGCUACCUAGACAAGCUCAUCCGCAACCCCGGCAGCCUGAAAGUCAUAGCUAACACCACCUCGAGGCCUCCCAACCUCCUGUUGGACCGUACCAGCGCUGAUGUCACGACCUUCCACACCAUGGGCGGUUGGCUGGAGGGUGUGCGGAAGGUGCCUUGCCACGAUGCCUUCAGCGGGGUCAGCUACAGCUCCUGUGACACCAUGGCCAAGACCUCCGCCCAAAUCUGCCUGAGCGAUGUAAGGCCCGCAGCGUCAUGCCCUGAAUGGGAGCCGUCCAUGGGAGUUACCACCCUCUAACUCCAACAGGCCCGACGGGACUUCUGCGAAGUUGGUAUGACGAUCACAGAAGCUCAGAUGAGUGGCAUCAAAACCCUCGAAGCUCACGGCAAGAACGGCCCCAGUUCCCGCGUCAAUCUGUGAAAGGAAAGAAGGUGAAGCGUCGGAGUCAAAGGCCGAAAACGAAUGAUAAACGCUAUGAUAUUUAUGCAGAUGGCGGCUUCGUAGGAUACUGUCCCACCACCCAGGGCUUAGGGAAGAGUGACGCCCCUCCCCCCAGUUCCCUAACCCCGCCCCCAGACAUUCCGGUCACUUGUGUGAUGUAUUAACAGAAAGAGAGACGGUUCUCCAUGGCAUCAGUUACAGUAAUGUGUUGCUGGGGGAGGAGGCAUGUUAAUGAUAAACAAUUGUGACCAGUAAGCAUGAGAAGAUAUCAGCUAACAGGAAACGGCAAACGCUACAUGACUGUAUCCAGUUAUGUCCAAGUGCUUAACACCAAAGCUUUUAAUGGACGACAAGGGAGUGUUUAACACCUUUUGAAAUGCAGAGUUAAAAAAAGAAAAACAGCUCCCUUUGGUGGAAACAGCACCUGGACUCUGAGAUAAAUUAACUUCAACUAGCAGGUUGGGCCUCUUGCCUCCUUCCCUGGAGACUGUGAUACCAGAUCGACCUCCAUUUCUCUACUGCUCCGUAUGGUCGUUUUAGGCCAUACAGUCCUGGAAUGAACUGAAAACAAGGCUUUAUAGAACCUGAAUAAUGAACCUGAAGCUCAAGUUAAAGGAAGAGGCACGUGUGGUUUCUGGCAAAAGGAAAAAUUGCAUUUUUAGAAGGAUGACAAUAGACUUUUCUGGCAACUUGCUGAUUUGUGUAAAUAUGUGACUGACUGAGUAGCGUUAGCCCACAAGUCCUCAGUGUCCACAUUCAGGGAUGUGUGUGGCGGGCAAUCGGGUGCACUUAUCAAAGAUAUAUUGUUUAGACAAUGCAGCAUUUUGUUCAGGGAUUUAAUUAUCACAGGUUUCUGUUUCCAUGGCAUAAACAAUUCUUUUAAAUAAAAGACCAUGUACACUUUUUUUUCUACACCUAAUUGAGCAACUGCAUCUUAUCCACAUGUUUAUACCCAUGUUUUCUAAGUAUAGUACACCUGGUCCACAGUCAUACAUGUUUGAGGAACUCCAGAGACGAUCAUAUUUCAUGCCUCGUAAAAGCAAUUGAAGUUCUGUUUAUUGGUUUUGGACAUGACUUUAGUUUCCAUUUAGCAUGAAUGAUUCAAUAAACAUUGCAAUGUUUA